GGCGACCAGGAACCUCUAAAGUUGCGGAACCGCGCUCUUUCCUGGAUAGGAGGUUGCCCAGCCAAUAAGGCUGUCAUCCCGCUGACUGCGAGGCUUUCCUUCUCAACUCUCCGAUGAUACUCGUUUGGAGGGCUUCCGGCCGGAGACCAUUAGCAAAGACACCCGGAAGGCGGAAGUCUUAGGGCGGAAGUGGCCGAGAGAAAAGGAGAAUGGCGGCCGAGGCCUGGCUUUGGCGCUGGGGCUGGGGCUGGGGUCAGCGGUGCCCAGGGAGGCCUGGGCUUCCUGGCCCCGGCCCAGGCCCCGCUACACUAAUACAUUUUCUUCUGUUGCUGGGGCCGGUGGCUGCGGAUAUAACCGACGGCAACAGUGAACACCUUAAGCGGGAGCACUCGCUCAUCAAGCCCUACCAAGGGGUCGGUUCCAGUUCCAUGCCGCUCUGGGACUUCCAAGGCAGCACCAUGCUUACGAGCCAGUAUGUGCGUCUGACCCCUGACGAGCGCAGCAAAGAAGGCUCGAUUUGGAACCACCAGCCAUGUUUCCUCAAGGACUGGGAAAUGCAUGUCCACUUCAAAGUCCAUGGCACAGGGAAGAAGAAUCUCCAUGGAGAUGGCAUAGCCUUGUGGUACACCCGGGACCGCCUUGUACCAGGGCCUGUGUUUGGAAGCAGAGACAACUUCCAUGGGUUAGCCAUCUUCCUGGACACAUAUCCCAAUGAUGAGACCACUGAGCGUGUGUUCCCGUACAUCUCGGUGAUGGUGAACAAUGGCUCUCUGUCAUACGAUCAUAGCAAAGAUGGACGCUGGACUGAGCUGGCAGGCUGCACAGCUGACUUCCGCAACCGGGACCAUGAUACCUUCCUGGCUGUCCGCUAUUCCCGGGGCCGCCUCACGGUGAUGACUGAUUUGGAGGACAAGAAUGAGUGGAAGAAUUGCAUCGAUAUCACAGGGGUGCGCCUGCCCACUGGCUACUACUUUGGAGCCUCUGCUGGCACUGGUGACCUGUCCGACAACCAUGACAUCAUCUCCAUCAAGCUGUUCCAGCUCAUGGUAGAACGCACCCCUGAAGAAGAAAGUAUUGACUGGACCAAGAUUGAACCCGGGGUCAACUUCCUCAAGUCCCCUAAAGACAACGUGGAUGACCCCACUGGGAAUUUCCGGAGUGGUCCCCUGACGGGGUGGAGAGUGUUCCUGCUGUUGCUCUGUGCUCUCCUGGGCAUCAUUAUCUGUGCUGUGGUGGGUGCCGUGGUGUUUCAGAAGCGCCAGGAGAGGAACAAACGUUUCUACUGAGUGGCCAGCCUGACUGAAAGGGCCUGACCUUGGGCCAGGGCUCCUAUGUGAACUCUUUUUCUUUUUACUGGGGU